ACCAAAAAUGUCUGAGCAUCAUGUUCCGGAUUUAAGUGACUGACUGACACGAACACAAACCCCUUUCCCUCUGUUUCUCGGCCAUGGAGUCUAAGAAUUCUAAUGAGUUUGAUGGCGAUUCUGUCUUCAAAAACGUUGUUCGAGCUCCAGAUAUUCCUGUCUAUGCUGUGAUGGUUGCUUACAGAGAAGAUCCCAGCCCAGUUAAGCUGAAUUUAGGCAUGGGUGUUUAUCGUACGGAGGAAGGAAAACCUCUUCUUCUUGAUGUAGUUAGGCAAGCUGAGAAGCUCCUAGUUAAUGACCUGUCUGCGAAUAAGGAAUACCUACCAAUUACUGGAAUGCCAGAGUUUAAUAAGUUGAGUGCUAAGCUUGUUUUUGGUGAUGACAGCCCUGCUAUCAAGGAGAAUAGAGUGAUCACUGUCCAGUGUUUGUCUGGUAGUGGGUCACUGAGGAUUGGAGCUGAGUUUUUAGCAAAACAUUACCACCAACGCAUUGUGUACUUAUCUCAGCCAACAUAUGGAAAUCAUCCAAAUCUUUUGGCCGCAGCUGGGCUGUCCUUGAAGACAUACCGUUACUAUGAUCCUCUGACACAUGGGCUGGACUUUCAAGGCAUGUUGGAAGACCUUGCCGGUGCUUCAUCUGGAGCCAUAGUGCUUCUCCAAGUAAGUGGUCAUAACCCUACAGGAGUUGAUCCAACCCUUGAGCAGUGGGAGCAAAUCAGACAGCUGAUGAGAUUGAAAGGGUUAUUACCUUAUUUCGAUUGUGCAUAUCAGGGUUUUGUAAGCGCAAGUCUGGAUGCUGAUGCACAGUCUGUUCGCAUGUUCGUUGCUGAUGGUGGUGAAUGUCUAGUAGCUCAGUCUUAUUCAAAAAACAUGGGACUCUAUGGGGAACGUGUUGGUGCACUUAGUAUUGUUUGCAAGACGGCCAAUGUAGCUAGCCUUGUUGAAAGCCAGCUGAAACUUGUGAUUAGACCCAUGUAUUCAAACCCUCCCAUUCAUGGUGCAUCCAUUGUGACUGCUAUCCUGAAAGAUAGAGAUAUGCAGAGUCAGUGGACAAAUGAGUUAAAGCUAAUGACUGAUCGUAUCUCUAACAUGCGCCGGCAACUCUACAAUGCUUUGCGUGAUAAAGGUACUCCAGGUGACUGGAGCCACAUAAUGAGGCAGGUCGGAAUGUAUAGUUUAACAGGAUUGAAUGCAGAACAGGUUGCCUUUAUGACCAGAGAAUACCACAUCUACAUGUCAUCUGAUGGGAGAAUUAACAUGGCAGGGCUGAGCUCUAAGGGAGUCUCUCAUAUCGUAGAUGCAAUACAUGCUGCAGUUACCCUCAUUGUCUAACUCUGUUUUAACAUUUUCUUAUCGAAUU